CGCUCUUCAAUUCGCUCUCAAACUCUGAGCUCCUUUCUUUACCUUAAUCCUCAGCAGAUUUCAUAAGAGCGAAUCAAAAGAGCGUCGACACAGAAUGGUUAAAAUAGGAGGCGUCUUUGUCUGUCUCUUGAUUGUUGCCAUGGACAUCGUAGCUGGGAUUCUCGGCAUUGAAGCUGAACUCGAACAAAACAAGGUGAAGCAAUUAAGGUUGUGGAUCUUUGAGUGUAGAGAGCCAAGCCAUCCGGCAUUCAAGCUAGGAAUGGGUGCAGCAGCACUUCUGGUUCUUGCUCAUGUCAUUUCUAACUUGCUUGGUGGAUGCAACAACUGCAUUUGCUCUCAAGACGAGCUCCAAAAGGCUCCUCCUAAUAGGCAACUCUCACUCGCAUGCCUCGUCUUUACCUGGGUCAUUCUAGCCGUUGGAUUGUCAAUGCUGGUGAUAGGGACUUGGUCGAACCACAAGUCAGGAGCUUCAUGUGGUUUCACACACCAUCAUUUUCUUUCCAUUGGAGGCAUCUUGUGCUUUGUUCAUGGCCUCUUUUGUGUAGCGUAUUAUAUUACUGCCACUUCUACCGACUAAUUAGUGAUUUGGGCAUUUAAAUCAGCCAGCUUUAAGGAUUGUUUGUGCCUUUCUCAACUUUACUAAUCCAUUCCUUUCGAUCA